UCUCUUUUCCACUGCAGAAACAUAAACUAUAUGUAACGCUUUCUCCACUAUUGAGAAAAUAUAUUAAGUUUCACCAUUAAGUCACUCCAUUCAACUUUCCCACUACUCGAAUUUAAUUACUUCUCUUCCCAUCUUCUUUGCAAAUCCCUAAUUUUCCAUACCAUAUAUAGUGGUGCAGCCAUCUACAUAUCUCAUUGUUUCACAAGAUUCAUCAUCGUUUCUUCCUUAUAGUGGUGACGCGUCUCAUGUAGAGUCAAGAAUCAAAAGAUGAGUGGUACAGAGGAGGCCAUGAAUGAUCUGCGAUGACCUUUCAUACACACAUGAGGGUGUACCGGACCGGUUCAAGACAAUCAAGUAUUAUGGGUUCACCUCAAGUUAUCAGAUACAGCUCUAUCCCUAUUCUUUCAUAUUCCAUCAGUUUCACUAUAAGAAGAAAAGUUCCAAACUUUUUCAAUUUUUUUUUAAUUUGUUAAAAGUUGUGACUGAUUUGUAUCUUUUGGGUCCAGUGUAGUUAUUCUUCUCCAACACAAGCUGCAAUCACUAAGGAUCUCAGUUUAAUUGUUGCUGAGGACCUGAGGUACUUAACCAAUUUUUCUGUCUAGAGCUGUCUGGUUGAUUCUUUGCCUGACUUCGAUAUCAUGUCCAUGUAUUAGUACUUUGUGUUUGGUUCUCUAUCCAACGUGGCUGCUAUGGUUGGUGCAAUUUCCACAGGUCAGAUCGCAUAAUAUAUUGAACAAAAAGGGGUAUUGUAUCGUUUCCUGAGUAUUAAGCUACCCUGUUUCGAAUCUCGAUCCCGCUAAUAACAUAUUCAUUGCUUUACUUAACCCUUUGAUUGUGUGUUUUCUUUGACAGUCCCUCAUGAAUGCUGGUCGGCUUUCAUAUCAUAUGCAAAACGAGGGACGUUUCCGUCUUCACUCCAUCAGGGACGAAGAAGCUAAGUAUAAGCUUUGCAAGGUUCGAACUAUCCAGUUCAAACAAAAGGGCAUCUCUUUCCAGACAAACUAUUAAGCUCGUCCUGGAGGAGAACAAGAUUGUUGCGUUCAUCAAGUUAGAUUUCGGUAAUGUUGUGAUGGUGACUGGAGGUAGAAACAGAGGGAGUGUUGGUGUGAUUAGAAACCGUGCAAAGCUUAAGGGAAGCUUUGAGACUACCACCACAUACAAGACUCAAUAGGACAUGAGUUUGCAACAAGGUUGAGGAAUGUGUUCACGCUAGGCAAAGGGUCAAAGUGUUGAAUGUCCUUUAUUAAGGGUUUAGGGUGUAAGCUUACCAAAAUAGAAGAAGCCAGGAAGAGGCUCGCUAGCCAACAGACUUUGUGGCUUUGAGCUAUUUAUUAUAUUGUUUAGAUGACUUUUAUUUCCUACACUCACUUUGCUUUUGGUUCGCUUCCAAGCUUUGAAAAUAAUAUGUUUUUUAAACUAUCUCAAGAGUUAAAAAUGGAUCCAUAGAAAAUUUCAAAAUAGAAAAUCUCAAAAUACACGCAUAUGUUGGUUCGCUGCUCAGUUUUGAAUCUUAUCUUAUUUUAUCAAAAGUAAAAGGGUGUUAAUCAUUUAUGCAAUUAAAUUGAUUUGCAAAUAAUAUAUAUUCACAAGUCCAAGUAAAUUUUACUCAUUUUCAAAUCGAAUACAGUAUAUAGAUUCUAAUUAAUAUUUACGAAUUCUUAAUUUUUGUCUUUGUAUUUUAAAUAAAAAAUCCAUUGAAGUCUCUCGGAAUAAAAUAAAAAAACAAUCCCAUAUGACAAACACUUCUUUUCUUAAACACUUAUUAUCAUUUCCGAAAUAAUCAGAUAUAAUCAGAUUAAUUACCAGCUUGUGUAUUUUCUGAUAUUGGAAAAAAUAGAAUUUCAAUAAUUUCAAAAUUGUUAUUACCAAAACAAUACAAAAAACUAUAAAUUUUUCUAAUAGUUUAUAUAGUGUAAUUAGUAUCAGUGAAAAAUUAUAAUAAAAACACAAAUUAUAAAUAAUCUAAAUUUAAUUUGAAUAUACAGAAAUCGCACUCUAUAACCAUACCAAAAACAAAAAUUUGCCAAGUAACCAAAAUCUCAUUCUCUCUCCUCUCUUCUCUUCCUAUCUCUCUCUACAAAUUUAAUUUUGUUUUUUUGUUUUGGUUAUUUCACUAAUUCACCCUUGAAUAUAUGAGAAAAUAACCCGGGCGUAGCCCGGAAAAAUCUCUAGUUAGAUUUAAAAGCAAAGGAUGUAUGAUCAAUGAAAGAAAAGAAACAAUAUAUUAAAAGAAAUUAAGUAAACGUCAAAGCAUAAAGAAAAAUCUAAUUUUUUUUUUUAAAAGAAGGAUCUAAAGAAGUUAAGAAAAGAUCUGAAGAAAUU